UCCAAAGCAGGCGUUAUGUAAAUCAAAAUGAACUCUGACUAUUGGGGAAUGUAUGCAUCUUUUCUCCCUGCUGCAGGUGUAAUGGCUGUGCCUCCAUCAUAUGGUGACCUCGGCAAAUCCGCCAAGGACAUCUUCAACAAGGGCUAUGGUACUGUACAUUUCACUCUGAAACAAAUAUACUUAAGGUGGUUUUAAUUAAAAACCUUGUGUGAGAACAGGAAUAACCAAUAGGGUGAGUUUGUUUGAGGGAUGCGAAACCAAUAGGCAGGAUGGGAGAGCGCUCUAUCUAUAGAGAGAUAGAUAGAUACAUAAAAUAUAUAUAUAUAUAUUUUAUCUCGGCUUUGCAUGUCAUCCUGUAAGAUGUUAGUGUAUGAAGGAUUACAUUAUCUGCUGACAAUGAUUACAUUCAUGACUAUUUCCCAUUUGUGAAAUAUGCAUCAGUGGUUGACUAACUUUGCUUUCUCCCUGAAGGGUUCGGCCUGGUGAAGCUUGAUGUGAAGACCAAGUCCAGCAGCGGAGUGGUAAGUUGACUUAUUUUCUUUCUAAUCAUGUGUGCACUUUCAAAAUGAAUGUAGAAUUAUCUCUACUCUAAUAUAUAUAUAUAUAUAUAUAUACACACACACACACUUACUACCAUUCAAAAGUUUGAGCUCUCUUAGAAAUGUCCUUGUUUUCAAAAGAAAAGCAAUUUUUUUUGUCCAUUAAAAUAACAUUAAAUUGAUCAGAAAUACAGUGUAGACAUUGUUAAUGUUAUAAAUGGCUAUUGUAGCUGGAAACGGCUGAUUUUUAAAAAAUGGAAUAUCUACAUAGGCGUACAGAGACCCAUUAUCAGCAACCAUCAGUCCUGUGUUCCAAUGGAACGUUGUGUUUGCUAAUCCAAGUUUAUCAUUUUAAAAGGCUAAUAGAAAACCCUUUUGCAAUUAUGUUAGAACAGCUGAAAACUGUUGUGCUGAUUAUAGAAGCAAUAAAACUGGCCUUCUUGAGACUAGUUGAGUAUCUGGAGCAUCAGCAAUUGUGGGUUUGAUUACAGGCUCAAAAUGGCCAGAAACAAAUAAUUUUCUUCUGAAACUCGUCAGUCUAUUCUUGUUCUGAGAAAUGAAGGCUAUUCCAUGUGAGAAAUUGCCAAGAAACUGAAGAUCUCGUUACAACACUGUGUACUACUCCCUUCACAGAACAGCGCAAACUGGCUCUAACCAGAAUAGAAAGAGGAGUGGGAGGCCCCGGUGCACAACUGAGCAAGAAGACAAAUACAUUAGUGUCUAGUUUGAGAAACAGACGCCUCACAGGUCCUCAACUGGCAGCUUCAUUAAAUAGUAGCCGCAAAACACCAGUCUCAAUGUCAACAGUGAAGAGGCGACUCCGGGAUGCUGACCUUCUAGGCAGAGUUGCAAAGAAAAAGCCAUAUCUCAGAUUGGCCAAUAAAAAGAAAAGAUUAAGAUGGGCAGUCUGAGAUAUGGCUUUUUCUUUGCAACUCUGCCUAGAAGGUCAGCAUCCCGGAGUCGCCUCUUCACUGUUGACAUUGAGACUGGUGUUUUGUGGGUACUAUUUAAUGCAGCUGCCAGUUGAGGACGUGUGAGGCGCCUGUUUCUCAAACUAGACACUAAUGUAUUUGUCUUCUUGCUCAGUUGUGCACCGGGGCCUCCCACUCCUCUUUUUAUGUAUGUAAACCUGUGACCCACUGGGAAUGUGAUAAAAUAAAUAAAAGCUGAAAUAAAUCAUUCUCUCUACUAUUAUUCUGACAUUUCACAUUCUUAAAAUAAAGUGGUGAUCCUAACUGACCUAAGACAGGGAAUUGUUACUAUGAUUAAAUGUCAGGAAUUGUGAAAAACUGAGUUUAAAUGUAUUUGGCUAAGGUGUAUAUAUGUAUGUGUGUGUGUGUGUGUAUAUAUAUAUAUAUAUAUAUAUAUGUGUAGGUGUGUGUGUGUAGAUAUAUAUAUAUAUAUAUAUAUCUCUACACACACACCCACAUAUAUGUGGGUGUGUGUGUUUAUGGUCUUUAUGAUAAAAACCCAAUUGCAUUCAGAUAUUUUUUACAACAUUUGUUUUUAUUCAUAUCCUGAUGUGAACCCUUUUACAAAUGUUCUGCAGGAGUUCAAAACAGCUGGCUCCACCAACACGGACACCAGCAAGGUGGCGGGCAGCUUGGAAACCAAAUACAAGAGGUCAGAGUACGGCCUGACCUUCACAGAGAAGUGGAACAUUGACAACACCCUGGGAACAGAGAUCACCGUCGAAGACCAGGUUUGGAUUCAACAAAGAUUUUAUUUUAAAUGCUUUUUGUAACACAAUCGGUGUUGUGUAUGGAGUUUCUCACAAUAGCCUUGACACACAAUUGAAAAGAAAGAGGAUUCUAACAAAUAAUGAAUAUUCAAUAUGUAGUGAUCACAUAAAAUGCAGGUAGAUCAACCUUGUGUUACCAGUCUGAUUCUUUGUUCUUGUUUCCUUUAGAUUGUCAAGGGUCUGAAGCUGACAUUCGACACAACCUUCUCACCAAACACUGGGUAAAAUUACAAUUUCAAUGCAGAGGACCAGUUCGAAAAAUGUAUGCACUCACUACUGUAAGUUGCUCUGGAUAAAAGCGUCUGCUAAAUUACUAAAAUGUAAAAAUGUACUUCUAGUACUUAAAACAGUGUUUCAUGUGUUCGGACAUAUGGGUGCCGAUGGUAUUAACAUAUAGCUAGACCAGAAGAGUCAGUCCAGCACGUAGUGUCCUUGCAUGAAGGUAACAUGAUCUGAGGUGUGCAUUCCUCACAGGCUCGUGGGUGGAUCUGAUGUGACGGGUCAGGCAAAUUAACUUUAGCCUGACAAGGCACUCAUCUGUGUAGUAUUUAUUAUUAUCCACAUCCAAGCCAUGGAUUGUGUUACUGUUGUUUUUUUGCUUGUAUAUUUGAAUGGAGGUGUUUAUUCUCCUAGUUGGCCUCCAGACUUUGACCAUUUUAAUCAGAUGUUUUUAUUUUUGGGGCAACUAAAAUCUUGAUUUGGUCAAGCAGUAGCCUAAUGUGCAUUAAUAUAUGUUAAUGUAUGUAAAUUGUAAAGUAUUUUGUCUGUAAUGUCUUUUUCGUUGUGUCGGACCCCAGUAAGAUGAGCUGUCGCCAUUGGCGUCUGUUAAUGGGGAUCCUAAUAAAAUCCCAAAAUCCGGAUUCCUCCAUGAAAGUCUCUGCCCUGCCCAGCCCCUGUGGCUGUUUUUCUCUGCACGCUCAGAGUAGGUUAGAGGGAGGAACAAAAUAGUCUGUUGAAGAGAAAGGGGUCUCAGCUUUCUGUAGGUAUUACAUUUUAUUUCUCAACUCUCAAUAUUGACUGUUUUAGCAUUUUUUAACCAAAGUAACUGGUAUAGUGCUGAUGUAUACGGAGCACCGGAUGCACGCAUCUGCAAUUUGCGGUCAUUGCAUAGGCCUAUAUAGACAUCGUUGGGUAGUAUGCAACAAUGUUUUUUUAGGACAUUUAAUGUUGGUGUGACCAAAUCCUAUUCAGUAGUGCCUCCCCAGCCAGUCCACAUAGUAUUGGCUUUCCUGGAAGUGUAAAUCCUGUGGGAUGGAAUAUGGCACAUGCCUAGUAGUGACACAUGGUGGGCCAGUGGAGGAGUCUCCUCUUACAUGUUGGGGAGGAGGGGGUGGUCGUCACGCUGUCGCUGCAUGUCCACUGAGCUCCAGGGGAGGAGUUUCCCCUAGGUACAGAUCUAGGAUCAGUUUCCCCUCCCCGAAUCUUAACUUUAACCGUUAGUGGAGGGGGGGAAUGCAAAACUGACCCAAGAUCAGCAUCUAAGGGCAACUUCACUCCACUGAAUGCUACAGCUUCUCAGUUAGUCACACUGCCUAGGCUAACAGUUUAGAACUGGGUUUAGUGUCAUGUAACAUUAGCAUUUUAAGGGGCUCAUAAAGUAUUAUUAUUGUAAUCCCUAGUUGCUAAUGCUGUGAGUGAAUGGAGUUGUGUGUGUGCACUUACUGUAAGCCUCGUUGGCUAGUGUGUAAUGACGAUCCAGAAAGACAUUUCUCAGGAUUGGUAUUGCUUGUGGACUCUUGAUUAUGAACAUAAGAGAGUGUAUGGGUGAAGUACUACUGGAGUGAGGUUUUCCAGCUCUUGGUUUUCCCAGUUGUUUUCAUAUUCUGUUAAGGUUGCUACAUUUCCAUCAGACUGGUUAUAUUAGGCCUGAGCUGUUUGGCUGCUCAAUACAAAUAUUUCAGUUCAGAAUGUAGGCUAAGGCUAACCAAAUAUGUUUUCCGCUCCAACGACAGCAAGAAGAGCGGCAAAGUCAAGACCGCCUACAAGCGCGAGUUUGUCAACUUGGGCUGUGACGUCGACUUUGACUUCGCUGGCCCCGCUAUCCAUGGAGCGGCCGUCGUGGGUUACGAGGGCUGGCUCGCCGGCUACGAGAUGACCUUUGACACGGCCAAGUCUAAGAUGACCCAGAACAACUUCGCUGUGGGAUACAAGACCGGGGACUUCCAGCUACACACCAACGUGUAAGUGAGAGUAUACAAGUGUAUGAAUUUCCAGUCCUCUGCUAUGUGCAUACAAGAACAAUUACCUUCAAGGGCAAACAUUGUCUAUUCAAUUGUUUAAAAAAAAUAUGCACACCCACACGCAAAAACAAUGUACAUAGAUGACUGGACAGCUGUAGUCAACCUGGAAAUUGUAGUAAUCAUUGAAUAUCUAAUGAUUUAACCAAAGCACCUAAACAGGGUUCAAAACGUCAGGCCCUACAAACUGCAUAGCAGGGUAAAGGCUAGGACUUGAUUUCGAACUGGACUACAGACAAAUAUUUUCAUAUCACUCCUUCUCUCCCUAAUCUUUUCCCUGGUUGUUGUUACAGAAAUGACGGUGUACAAUUCGGUGGCUCCAUCUACCAGAAGGUGAGCCCGGCGCUGGAGACAGCGGUCAACCUUGCCUGGACUGCCGGCAGCAACAGCACAAGCUUCGGCAUCGCAGCCAAAUACCAGCUGGACAAGAGCGCCUCCAUCAGUGUAAGUACUGUGCAGUUUCCCAGACAGAGCUUUAGCCUAGGACUAAAAAGCAUUGUCAAUGGAGAUUUUCCAUUGAAUUCACUUUUUUAAAUGUGUCCAGGAAACCGUCCCUUUGUGGUUGUCUUACUGUGUCCUAAGAACACAUGCAAGAAACGCUCAAGUACUUAAUAGGGCUGUCUACCACUCACUACGUAGUUACUAGGGCUGUCUACCACUCACUACGUAGUUACUAGGGCUGUCUACCACUCACUACGUAGUUACUAGGGCUGUCUACCACUCACUACGUAGUUACUAGGGCUGUCUACCACUCACUACGUAGUUACUAGGGCUGUCUACCACUCACUACGUAGUUACUAGGGCUGUCUACCACUCGCUACGUAGUUACUAGGGCUGUCUACCACUCGCUACGUAGUUACUAGGGCUGUCUACCACUCGCUACGUAGUUACUAGGGGUGUCUACCACUCGCUACGUAGUUACUAGGGGUGUCUACCACUCGCUACGUAGUUACUAGGGCUGUCUACCACUCGCUACGUAGUUACUAGGGCUGUCUACCACUCGCUACGUAGUUACUAGGGCUGUCUACCACUCGCUACGUAGUUACUAGGGCUGUCUACCACUCGCUACGUAGUUACUAGGGCUGUCUACCACUCGCUACGUAGUUACUAGGGCUGUCUACCACUCGCUACGUAGUUACUAGGGCUGUCUACCACUCGCUACGUAGUUACUAGGGCUGUCUACCACUCGCUACGUAGUUACUAGGGCUGUCUACCACUCGCUACGUAGUUACUAGGGCUGUCUACCACUCGCUACGUAGUUACUAGGGCUGUCUACCACUCGCUACGUAGUUACUAGGGCUGUCUACCACUCGCUACGUAGUUACUAGGGCUGUCUACCACUCGCUACGUAGUUACUAGGGCUGUCUACCACUCGCUACGUAGUUACUAGGGCUGUCUACCACUCGCUACGUAGUAACUAGGGCUGUCUUCCACUCGCUACGUAGUUACUAGGGCUGUCUACCACUCGCUACGUACUUACUAGGGCUGUCUACCACUCGCUACGUAGUUACUAGGGCUGUCUACCACUCGCUACGUAGUUACUAGGGCUGUCUACCACUCGCUACGUAGUUACUAGGGCUGUCUACCACUCGCUACGUACCUACUAGGGCUGUCUACCACUCGCUACGUAUUUACUAGGGCUGUCUACCACUCGCUACGUAGUUACUAGGGCUGUCUACCACUCGCUACGUAGUAACUAGGGCUGUCUUCCACUCGCUAUGUAGUUACUAGGGCUGUCUACCACUCGCUACGUACUUACUAGGGCUGUCUACCACUCGCUACGUAGUUACUAGGGCUGUCUACCACUCGCUACGUAGUUACUAGGGCUGUCUACCACUCGCUACGUAGUUACUAGGGCUGUCUACCACUCGCUACGUACCUACUAGGGCUGUCUACCACUCGCUACGUACUUACUAGGGCUGUCUACCACUCGCUACGUACUUACUAGGGCUGUCUACCACUCGCUACGUAGUUACUAGGGCUGUCUACCACUCGCUACGUAGUUACUAGGGCUGUCUACCACUCGCUACGUAGUUACUAGGGCUGUCUACCACUCGCUACGUAGUUACUAGGGCUGUCUACCACUCGCUACGUAGUUACUAGGGCUGUCUACCACUCGCUACGUAGUAACUAGGGCUGUCUUCCACUCGCUACGUAGUUACUAGGGCUGUCUACCACUCGCUACGUACUUACUAGGGCUGUCUACCACUCGCUACGUACUUACUAGGGCUGUCUACCACUCGCUACAUAGUUACUAGGGCUGUCUACCACUCGCUACGUACCUACUAGGGCUGUCUACCACUCGCUACGUAGUUACUAGGGCUGUCUACCACUCGCUACGUAGUUACUAGGGCUGUCUACCACUCGCUACGUACUUACUAGGGCUGUCUACCACUCGCUACGUAGUUACUAGGGCUGUCUACCACUCGCUACGUAGUUACUAGGGCUGUCUACCACUCGCUACGUAGUUACUAGGGCUGUCUACCACUCGCUACGUAGUUACUAGGGCUGUCUACCACUCGCUACGUAGUAACUAGGGCUGUCUUCCACUCGCUACGUAGUUACUAGGGCUGUCUACCACUCGCUACGUACUUACUAGGGCUGUCUACCACUCGCUACGUAGUUACUAGGGCUGUCUACCACUCGCUACGUAGUUACUAGGGCUGUCUACCACUCGCUACGUAGUUACUAGGGCUGUCUACCACUCGCUACGUACCUACUAGGGCUGUCUACCACUCGCUACGUAGUUACUAGGGCUGUCUACCACUCGCUACGUACCUACUAGGGCUGUCUACCACUCGCUACGUACUUACUAGGGCUGUCUACCACUCGCUACGUACUUACUAGGGCUGUCUACCACUCGCUACGUAGUUACUAGGGCUGUCUACCACUCGCUACGUAGUAACUAGGGCUGUCUUCCACUCGCUAUGUAGUUACUAGGGCUGUCUACCACUCGCUACGUACUUACUAGGGCUGUCUACCACUCGCUACGUAGUUACUAGGGCUGUCUACCACUCGCUACGUAGUUACUAGGGCUGUCUUCCACUCGCUACGUAGUUACUAGGGCUGUCUACCACUCGCUACGUACUUACUAGGGCUGUCUACCACUCGCUACGUAGUUACUAGGGCUGUCUACCACUCGCUACGUAGUUACUAGGGCUGUCUACCACUCGCUACGUAGUUACUAGGGCUGUCUACCACUCGCUACGUAGUUACUAGGGCUGUCUACCACUCGCUACGUACCUACUAGGGCUGUCUACCACUCGCUACGUACUUACUAGGGCUGUCUACCACUCGCUACGUAGUUACUAGGGCUGUCUACCACUCGCUACGUAGUUACUAGGGCUGUCUACCACUCGCUACGUAGUUACUAGGGCUGUCUACCACUCGCUACGUAGUUACUAGGGCUGUCUACCACUCGCUACGUAGUUACUAGGGCUGUCUACCACUCGCUACGUAUUACUAGGGCUGUCUACCACUCGCUACGUAGUAACUAGGGCUGUCUUCCACUCGCUACGUAGUUACUAGGGCUGUCUACCACUCGCUACGUACUUACUAGGGCUGUCUACCACUCGCUACGUACUUGCUAGGGCUGUCUACCACUCGCUACAUAGUUACUAGGGCUGUCUACCACUCGCUACGUAGUUACUAGGGCUGUCUACCACUCGCUACGUACCUACUAGGGCUGUCUACCACUCGCUACGUACUUACUAGGGCUGUCUACCACUCGCUACGUACUUACUAGGGCUGUCUACCACUCACUACAUACAGUUGAAGUCUGAAGUUUACAUACACUUAGGUUGGAGUCAUUAAAACCCAUUUUUCAACCACUCCACACACACCUGAAGGUACCACGUUCAUCUGUACAAACAAUAGUACGCAAGUAUAAACGCCAUGGGACCACGCAGCCGUCAUACCGCUCAGGAAGGAGACGUGUUCUGUCUCCUAGAAAUGAACCUACUUUGGUGCGAAAAGUGCAAAUCAAUCCCAGAACAACAGCAAAGGACCUUGUGAAGAUGCUGGAGGAAACAGGUACAAAAGUAUCUAUAUCCACAGUAAAACAAGUCCUAUAUCGACAUAACCUGAAAGGCUGCUCAGCAAGGAAGAAGUCACUGCUCCAAAACCGCCAUAAAAAACCCAGACUACAGUUUGCAACUGCACAUGGGGACAAAGAUCGUACUUUUUGGAGAAAUGUCCUCUGGCCUGAUGAAACUAAAAUAGAACUGUUUGGCCAUAAUGACCAUCGUUAUGUUUGGAGGAAAAAGGGGGCGCUUGCAAGCCAAAGAACACCAUCCCAACCGUGAAGCACAGGGGUGGCAGCAUCAUGCUGUUGGGGUGUUUUACUACAGGAGGGACUGGUGCACUUCACAAAAUAGAUGGCAUCAUGAGGAAGGAAAAUUAUGUGGAUAUAUUGAAGCAACAUCUCAAGACAUCAGUCAGGAAGUUAAAGCUUGGUCGCAAAUGGGUCUUCCAAAUGGACAAUGACCCCAAGCAUACUUCCAAAGUUGUGGCAAAAUGGCUUAAGGACAACAAAGUCAAGGUAUUGGAGUGGCCAUCACAAAGCCCUGACCUCAAUCCUAUAGAACAUUUGUGGGCAGAACUGAAAAAGCGUGUGCGAGCAAGGAGGCCUACAAACCUGACUCAGUUACACCAGCUCUGUCAGGAGGAAUUGGCCAAUAUUCACCCAACUUAUUGUGGGAAGCUUGUGGAAGGCUACCCGAAAUGUUUGACCCAAGUUAAACAAUUUAAAGGCAAUGCUACCGAAUACUAAUUGAGUGUAUGUAAACUUCUGACCCACUGGGAUUGUGAUGAAAUAAAUAAAAGCCGAAAUAAAUCACUCUCUACUAUUAUUCUGACAUUUCACAUUCUUAAAAUAAAGUGGUGAUCAUAACUGACCUAAGACAGGUAAUUCUUACUAGGUUUAAAUGUCAGGAAUUGUGAAAAACUAAAUGUAUUUGGCUAAGGUGUAUGUAAACUUCUGACUUCAACUGUGCUUACUAGGGCUGUCUACCACUCACUACAUUGUCUGGCGCUCCAGGAUCAGAGUUGCACACUCUAGUUUAGAAGACUGCUGUUGUUAGGAACUUUCCUCUGCCUUUUUGGAAUGUAAGUUAAUCAUUCUGUCUUUCCAGGCUAAAGUGAACAACAUCAGCCUGGUCGGUCUUGGUUACACUCAGACGCUGAGACCAGGUAAGACCUCUCGUUUUACAAUAGAUAUAAUUGUUCCCUUACUGCUGUUACUACAAGUUCCCUCAAGUUGUAAUGUUAGAUUUGUGUGGCGUACCACUCUUGUCUGUAGCCCACUGCUUCUCUAUGAGCAACCCACACUUCAUAAUGCAACAUCCUCUUCUCUUCCUGAACCAAAGUGCUCAACGUGACUCUUACACAGUGUGUAAAAAAAAAAAAACACUGCACCAAAAUCGAUUUGAAGAUGAUGCUUUACUGGGGACUCACAUGUGGCGGUAUGAUCAGCUACCAGUAAUUUUAAAUGAAAGGAGACUCAACGCGACGGUCGGUCAAUAAAGAGCUAGCGACCAGACAUUCCCAAGUUUAUGUAAAUUUCAGCGACUGCCAUCAUGCAUGCUGUUUGUAGGGCGAUCUCCACUUGAUUAUCUCUGCAAGUGUGAGUCCCCACUAAUGCAACAUCCUAUUCAUUUUGCUCUCAAUGCGUCUCGGAGUACUGUUCUUGUUAUAGAUGCACUCCUGCAGUGCUACAGAAGGCUCAGAUAGAAGUCCGUUAUGUAGAGCAGACUAGUUUCUCUUUCAUUUGAAAAAGGAAAUCAUUGUCAGCUCUAUAAGAGAGAUUUCUAUCUGCAAUGAUGAGAAUGUUGACACCAGGGAUAGAACGUAAGGAUUUCACUGCCCUGGCAGGCUAGUAUGGCACCCUUCUCAACAGUACUAGCCUCAGGCUAGUGGGCUUGCUUCAUUUCCAUCUCUAGUUGACAUCCAAUUUUUCUCAGUUCCUUUUUUACCCUCAUCCUGAAUGCGACCCUGACGUUUUCUCUCUCCCCUGUUGCAGGUGUGAAACUCACCCUCUCUGCCCUGGUGGACGGAAAGAGCAUCAACGCUGGAGGCCACAAGCUGGGCCUGGGGUUGGAACUGGAGGCCUAAACUCUCCUCACGGCGUCGGGGACGAGAAUAUCAGCAGAAUCUGGCCUUAAUGAAUUUCCAACUGAAACCAGCAUGGGGAUAUAUCAUUGAAGGGGUGUGUUCAGAGGCUACAAGAACAAGAGAAAGAAACACUUUUUUUAGUUACCGUUUUACGACGGUAGCUACUUCCGUCAUUCUUUGGUGUACAUGUUUGCUUUGUAGUUGUUUCCAUUAAAAGACACUUGCAGUGGGUCAGUAAUUUAUACACCUUCUCAUUGUAUCUAUCCAACACUGCCAUGACAAUGAAAUGCACCACACCAUUCUCCUCCCAAUGUGACCAGAAACUUAACUUGCAGUGCAUUCGUAAAGUAUUCAGACCCCUUGACUUUUUCCAAAUGUUAAGUUACAGCCUUAUUCUAAAAUGAUUCAAUUAUCGUCGUCCCCCUCAUCAAUCUACACACAAUACCCCAUAAUGACAAA